CAUCCAGUAGCCUGAAGUUAACCGGAGGAGGAGGGAGAGGAAGCCUUCUAAGGCAGCGGUUCUGGAAAGUCUUAGGCCUGGGGAUUGUGGACUUGUCCCAUUGUCUGCAAGGUAUUUGCAGAGCGAGUCAGUGACAACGUGAACCCCGGCUGGAGCGAGUUUGUUGGGAGAGCGGAAGGUGAUGGAGGCUGGAGAGGAAAUGGAGCGAAUCCUGAAAAAAAGGCAAGUCGUGCUGUUCUUUGUUUUGCUGGGCAUAGCUCAGGCUGGGUCCACUCUUAGGCGUUACUCAGUGGAGGAGGAAGCAGAGAACGGCUUUUUUGUGGCCAAUUUGUUAAAGGACCUGGGGCUGGAGGUAGAGAAACUCGCUGCGCGGAGACCACGAGUCAUUUCCAAAGGGAAAAAAUUAAACUUAGAGUUCAGUAGGCAGACGGGGGAUUUGCUGUUAAGGGAGAAACUGGACCGGGAGGAACUGUGCGGCCCCGCCGAACCCUGUGUGGUACCUUUCCAGGUGUUACUGGGAAAUCCUUUGCAGAUUUUUCAGGCUGAGCUACAAAUUAGGGACAUAAAUGACCAUUCUCCUGUUUUUCUGGAUAAAGAAAUAAUUUUGAAAAUUUCGGAAAUGACUGCUCCCGGAACCACUUUCUUAGUAGAACGGGCUCAAGAUUUAGAUGUAGGAAGCAACAGUCUCCAAACUUACAUGAUCAGCCCUAAUUUCUAUUUCCAUCUUAAAUUACAAGUCAGUCCUGAUGACACAAUAUUGCCACAGCUGGUUCUGGACAAAGCGCUGGAUCGGGAGGAACAAUCUGAAAUCAGAUUAAUACUCUCAGCAAUAGAUGGCGGGGAUCCACCCAGGUCUGGCACCGCCCUGGUCCGUAUUGAAGUCUUGGACAUUAAUGACAAUGCCCCCACAUUUUUAAAGUUACGAUAUGAGGUUCAGGUCCCAGAGAACAAUCCUGCUGGAUCCCAGGUUGCUGUGGUCUCUGCUAGGGAUUUAGACGUUGGGGACUAUGGAAAAAUAGCUUAUGCUUUUUCCCAAGCUUCUGAAGACAUUCGGAAAACAUUUCGAAUGAAUGCAACAUCUGGAGAAAUCCUUUUAGCAAAGACACUGGAUUUCGAAUCCAUCCAGACAUAUAGAGUUUAUGUUCAGGCUACAGAUGGUGGGGGACUUUCCGGAAGCAGUGUGGUGUUUGUCCAAGUGAUGGAUUUGAACGACAACCCACCGGAACUGACUAUGUCCACACUAAACAAUCACAUCCCAGAAAAUUCCCCAGAAACUUUAAUUGCUGUGUUCAGUGUUGCAGAUUCUGACUCUGGAGACAACGGAAAAAUAGUGUGCUCCAUUCAAGGGGAUCUUCCUUUUAUUCUAAAACCCUCAGUUGAGAACUUUUACACUCUUAUGACAAACACAGCCCUGGACCGGGAGAUCAGAUCACAAUACAACAUUACCAUCUCAGUCACCGACCUGGGCACACCCAGGCUCACAACCCAGCACACCAUAACAGUGCAGGUGUCUGACGUCAACGACAACGCCCCCGCCUUCACACAAACCUCCUACACCCUGUUUGUCCAGGAGAACAACAGCCCUGCCCUGCACAUAGGCACCAUCAGCGCCACAGACUCAGACUCAGGCUCCAAUGCCCGCAUCACCUACUCGCUGCUGCCCAGCCACGACUCGCAGCUGGCCCUGGACUCGCUCAUCUCCAUCAAUGCCGACAACGGGCAGCUGUUCGCGCUCAGGGCGCUGGACUAUGAGGCCCUGCAGACCUUCGAGUUCCGCGUGGGCGCCACAGACCAAGGCUCGCCGGCUCUCAGCAGUCAGGCUCUGGUGCGCGUGCUCGUGCUGGACUCCAACGACAAUGCUCCCUUCGUGCUCUACCCGCUGCAGAAUGCAUCUGCGCCCUACACAGAGCUGCUGCCCAGGGCGGCGGAGCCAGGAUACCUGGUCACCAAGGUGGUGGCUGUGGACCGCGACUCUGGUCAGAACGCCUGGCUGUCGUUCCAGCUGCUCAAGGCCACUGAGCUAGGGCUGUUCAGCGUGUGGGCUCACAAUGGCGAGGUGCGCACCUCCAGGCUGCUGAGUGAGCGCGAUGCUCCCAAGCACAGGCUGCUGCUGCUGGUCAAGGACAAUGGCGACCCUCCCAGGUCUGCCAGUGUCACUCUGCAUGUGCUGCUGGUGGAUGGCUUCUCUCAGCCCUACCUGCCUCUGCCCGAGGUGACGCACGAAGGCGCACAGGAGGAUGACUUGCUCACACUGUAUCUGGUCAUUGCCUUGGCGUCUGUGUCUUCACUCUUCCUCUUGUCUGUGCUGCUGUUCGUGGGGGUGAGGCUGUGCAGGCAGGGCCGGGCGGCCUCUCUGAGUGGCUGCUCAGUACCUGAGGGACACUUUUCUGGCCAUCUGGUGGAUGUCAGAGGCACAGGGACCCUGUCCCAGAGCUACCAGUAUGAGGUGUGCCUGACUGGGGACUCUGGGGUUGCGGAUUUCAAGUUUCUGAAGCCUAUCAUGCCCAGCCUCCUUCAUCAGAGUUCAGAGAGAAAGAAUGAUAUCAAUUACAGGAACCGUUUUGAAGUCAGUUAAACAUUGAUGGGGAAAUAAGGAGCGGAGUCCCAGCUAAAACGUUAAAUGCAGGGUUUUACUGCUUUGGCAACUGAACAGGUCUCUUCUUUGAAUGCCACCAUCUUGUUCCAGUCCUUUGCAUGUUACUGGUGUUUCUAAGUAAGGUUUGUGGAAUAAGGAAUCUAAAUUUUGCUUGUAUUCCAAUUGUGAUUAGUCUUGUGAUUUUAUCUGACUUAGAACGCGAAAGUAAAAUGUGUUUCCAGAAACAUUUUUGUGAGACCAGGCCUCAUUAUGUAGCCUUGGCUGUCCUUGAACUCACUAUGUAGACUGUGCUGGCUUUGAACUCAUAAAGAAGCACCCGUCUCUGCUUCCUAAGUGCUCGAUUAAAGGCACAUAGCUCCUCGAACUGUAUUAAUCUUUAAAUUUUGAGUUAGAGCCCCAUUGACCAAAUUUAACUUUUCCAGUUCUAUUCUUUUGUUUUGAUUUCUCUUUCAAAACAGGGUUUCUCUGUGUAGCCCUAGCUGUCCUAGAACUAGCUCUGUAGACCAGGCUGGUCUCAAACGCAGGGAGAUCCACCUGCCUCUGCCUCCUGAGUGCUGGGAUUAAAGGUGUGCGCCACAUCCUCCCAGCAGUUCCUGAUUUUUCUUAAGUGUUGUCUAAAAUAUUUUUCUCUGGAUAUCAGAGUUGUAAUAUUUUGCAGCAUAGACUGUUUGUGUUCAUUCUUUUGUUAGUGUAACUCUUAUCUUGUGAUCUGACUUUAAGUUCUUUACAUCACUGUGAAUAACAUAGCACUCCCUCAAUGUUUAUCUACACACACACAUUUUAAAAUAUCAGCAUGGAAAACUUAUGAUUCCUUGAGGAUUGCGGGAAUUGUUGGGUUUCACAAAGUGUUCAAAUUAUUAAUACAAAAUAAACUCAAGUCAAAAUCAUAUGUUAGUCUAAAGGAUAGCUAAAGAAUAUACACCUAGUGAUUUUCAAGGGCAUGACUAUUUCUCAUGUCUUAUUUCAAAUAGUCUUCAAAACUCUCAUUCUGAAUUCAAUACUUUUUGAAGACUUUUUUGAGUCAAGGUCUUGUCAUGGUUUUGAACUUGUGACAGGUCUUCCCACAUCCAGCAUGUUGGUCUUGCAGGCAUUGCAUUGACAUUCUCAGUUAAUUAAACUACUUGUGACUUUAUUAUAAUGGAACUUAUUACAAGAGAGUAUACUUUUAUCUUUUACCAACCUAGAAAAUUUGUAUGUAGCUUGGCAUUCCAUUCUAAAAAAUUACAGGCCAUUAAAGAUUCAAUUGAA